UAGCAAGCUACUUGAGCAUGGUUUAGCGAUUGGACAUCAAGGACGGCCGCAGAAUCAAUGUAAGCCAUUUUCUUGGCCUAGCCUCGCGACAACUUGAUCAACAUCAACACACUCGCUCAUAAACAAUUUACAAAGAGACUGUACUUGAGGGACAAUACCCUUGAUGUAGUGAGCCAGCGAUUACACGAUAGUCCACGUUACAAUGUCGAAAAACCGGGUCGAAGCAAUAGAGCAGCGCAGUCAGCAUGUCAAUAGUGGGAGAUCCAAAAGCGGUGGUAUAUCGCACAAUGGAUACCUGAAGGCUCUUCAAAAACUGCAAUUCUAUGCACAAUCCGACACCGGAAGAUAUUCGUCUCGUGUACAAACACCUACGAAUCCGUAUGCAAAAGAACGUGACAGUGUUUAUCUGCAUGAGAAGCAGAGUAGCGUGCUCAAGCUUCCCCCUGAUGAUUCAAAUGCAAGGAUUCCAUGGCCUGCGGCCGAGGUACAGGUUCUUGAUACCACGAGGCCGACUGAUCAUCCGAACCUUUGGCAUCCUCCCCCUCCACCUCCUCCACCUCCUCCACCCCUUGUUCCUCUUAUUCCUUUGCUACAGCCUCCACCACCGGGUUACAGCUUUAGUUGGUAUUCUCCUCUUCCGCCGCCGCCGCCGCCGCCGCCGCCGCAACUAUCAUCAGUACCUAAUCCGGUUUGCGAUCAACCAAUUCCUUGGUAUUUUGAUUCUCGUCCUCAUCCUUAUCAUCUUCUUCUACGACUACCGCAGGAGCUUCAGCGUUCCCCUUAUCCGUUGGCUUACUCAGAAUAUGCUCGGAUUCUUGAGCUCGAAUUCGAAUCCGAUCGACUUUGGCGCCAACAGCUGUUGCUAGCAGAAGACGAGUGCAACUUUGAGCUACUGCCAAGGAUAACAGACAUGUUCAGCAUCCGGACGAAAAUGUUGAUACUAUAUCACACCAAUAUUCUGGAGAGGCCUGCAAAGUCUGCGAAGCUAUACUCUGGUCUCAUCGACCCUAAAUAUAGCCCCGGGAUGAGCUAUCGAAGACCGAUCAACCACAAAACGUACCAUCUUCAUAUGAGAAAUGUUCAAGGAAUAGAACUUUCUACGAGCACCAAGUGUUUGACCAGAGACAGAAGGCCAACGAAAUUGAUGCCAUUAAGUCUUGACGAUACGACUGAUGUUUGUAUGAGCCCCUGUCCUACAAAAUGGCAAUCAGAGGAUAUUCAAGGACAGGGAAAACUAAACGCAUGGAGGCGUUCAGCAGGAAGACAGAAAUCGUGGAGAAGAUGUCCCAAAAGGAUAGUUUUCAAUUGCGCGCAACAUCGGCUACUGUCAGCCCAAUUGCGCAACCUCGAUGGUAGAUUCUUUAAAUCGCCGCUCUGGAUUCCACAAGUCUUUCAGCAACACCGUUACGUGGAUAAAAGAGAUCGAAACAAUAGACUCACCCGCUUGGAAUUGCAAAACCGGGUUCCAAGAAGGGAAAACCAGAAGAAGAAGCAUGAUUUGGGAUUCGAAAAAGAGCUAUCGACUUCCGCGAAGAGCCAUGAAGCAGAAUCUACUCUUCCAACUCUUCGUGGGCAGCCAACCCGACCACGGCAAUCGGUAGAACUCGGUACGGCUUUUAUCAGAUUGAUAUGGGAGAGGGAGACGAGAACUACCCCUAUCGGACAGCUGGACCGAUUCCUCGCCAUUGGUCUUCUUCUUGUUGGGCGUUGGCGUGUACUACAUUUCCUUCGUAACGAUAAUCACGCCGACGUAUACUCCGUGGAAGACAUCCAUUUUCAAAGCUCGAGACGUCAUACAACUGUUCAGAUGGAGGCUCAUUACUUCAUAAACCAACAUUCCAGCAACUGGAGAACAGCGGCAAAGAGGAAGCAGAAUCGCUUGCUGAAGAGCGAAAGGUGUCAGGCCAACUUUCGAUACAAUGAUAGGUACAUGGUCAUAUUGAGGGUCUUUCCAAAUACGGACGCUUUCGAACUCCGUCGGUGCAUAAGCGACUUCCCGGCAUUGUGUGGCCGCAAAAGUUCGAAGUCACUGUAUGCCCUAGCUGAACGCCGAUCAUAUGCGGAGGUUUUACGACAGGCUAUAUUGAACGAUGGCAUUGUGAUGCGCAGUGAGAUGCAUCAAGCAUCGCAGACUGAGCCCGAGAGAAAUGCGCAGCGUUCAGCGCUAGCGAAAGCGAGAAGAGCUGAGAAGCAAAGAAUGGCAAGGCUCGAGAAAAGGCAGGCGCAGCACACAUGUUGUUAAACGGGAAGAAUUUCGAUAUCACACGAGUCCACCUUCGCGUUCAGUAGAUUUAGCAAUGAGUGAAUGGGCGAUU